AUGUCGAAGUCACCCAGGUUGGGCCAACUUUCGAUGCUGAACUCCGAGGCAUCAAUUUCAAAUCAGCCAAUUUCCGAUGAGGCAUUGGAAGAACUGAAACAAAUCAUCGGAAAAUAUGGUGUGGUCAGCGUCCGCAAGCUUGGACCCAAGUCCCACGACGACUUGAUAGCAUUUGGUGCUUGCUUUGGAGAACUCGACUCGAUCAGACCACAUAGGAAGGCCGGGAGAAAAAUGCGGAUCCCGCAAGAGGAGACUUUCGACAUUAGUAAUUUGGACGAUAAGGGGGAGAUCGUGACGACCGCAGACGCGGAAAGAAUGGCCACUGCUUAUGGCAAGUCGUUGGGGCAUACAGACGGGACGUUCAACCCAAGCCGUACACAUCUCUUUAUGCUAAGAGCUGUGGCGCUUCCUCCAGAAGGCACUGGGGGCCACACGGAAUACUUGGAUGCAGCGCAAGCUUACGACAAUCUUUCCGAGGAGAUGAAGGAAAAGAUCAAAGACUUGGAUCACCCCAUGGGAAAGCACAAGGUUGUCCAGCGCCACGAUAUCACCGGUCGGUCGGUUCUAUUGAUCAACUUGUACGCCCACCACAUCGACGUAAUGCCUCUGGAAGAAGGACAAGCGCUGAUCCGUGAAUUGUUUCACCAUAUGAAACAAGAGAAAUACAUGUACACGCACCACUGGAAGAAUCGUGGUGACUUUGUUAUCUGGGACAAUACAAGUGUCCUACACCGGGCGACCAUCGGAAACUACCAACACCAUCAUGUCAGAGGCCUUCGGAGGAUCUCGACGUUAGACAGUGGUACGGCUGCGUAUGGAAUGAAUGACCCCAACACGUAUUGGCAGCAGGGUUUGCCAUAG